AUGGAGCCGGCUGCUGACCCUCCGUCUCAAGAUGAGAAAUACACUGAGGACUCGUUGCAUAGCCAAGAGUCUGAACAUGUCCCCAACCCAAAAUACAUAGAGAUCGAAGAUGCGUGCCGACGCUUAGAUCUUGGUCGCCUCCGUUCUUUUGCUGAAUCAAAGGGUGGCCUCCUAACGGAUGAGCUUCGACGCCAGGCUUGGCCAAUUCUCCUUGGUGCAGUAAAAUCGCAAACGCCAAAGAAUGAGAAGAACACAGGGAGCUCCAGUCGCAAUGAUCUCGACCAUCUCUGUUAUUCUAACAAUACCAAAACCUCGUGGGAAGACCUUCCACCUCACAAGGACGAAGCCCAGGUUCAACUUGACGUCGAGCGCUCCUUUGUCUACUACCCACGUAACAAAUCCGACGCCGAGCUCCAACAACGCAAGAACGAGCUCUCCUCUCUCAUCACAGAAGUCCUCCGCCGCCUACCGUUCCUAUGCUACUUCCAGGGCUACCACGACGUCUGCCAGGUCUUCCUCCUGGUCCUGGACCCUCCCCUGCGAGCCCAGCUCGUCGCCCGCCUCUCGGUCCUCAGGAUCCGAGACUUCAUGCUGCCCACCCUUGGCCCUACCACCUCGCAGCUCCAGCUCCUCCCGGACAUCAUCGCGCACGCCGACCCGAAGCUCCGCCGCCACCUCGACGGCGUCGAGCCCUUCUACGCCCUCUCCGGCACCCUGACCAUGUACGCCCACAACAUCGAGGCCUACCACGACAUCGCCCGCCUCUUCGACGUCCUCAUCGCCCGCGAGCCCGUCUUUAGCAUCUACGUGUUCGCCCAGACAGUCCUGGACCGCCGCGACGAGAUAUUCGAGAUCGACGAGGCCGACAUGCUGCACGUCAUCCUCGGCAAGCUGCCCCGGAACCUGGACCUCGACGGCCUCAUCGCAGACUCCAUCGCGCUCUUCCAGCGCCACCCGCCCGAAUUGCUUCGAUCGUGGAGACACAUCUCCAGCGCCAGCGCGCUCAAGACCGCAAGGGACGUGGAGGCGUCGACGGCCCAGACCCUGGAGGACGGGGAGGUCUGGUUCCAGAAGCAGGUCAAGGAGCUCCAGUGGCUGGAGCUGCAGAACAAGGCCAAGGUCUUCCUAUGGAGAUACCGACGGGUAGCCACCACGUUCGGCAUGGCCGUGGCGGUGGGCACCCUGGCCAUCUACCUCCGCCGCAACCCGUCGGCCAUUCAUCGCACGAUGGGCCUAUUCGGCAUCACAACACGCCUACAGUAA